AUGAGGCACUCGGACGGACAGCCGAUUCUCGUGCACACACCGCACACGCCUGCAGCUGUGGAGACUAGAGUGACUAGACCCGGCUCGGAGUCGGAGCUGCUCCGAGAUGGGGCACUGGCCAGACAAAUCCGCACUCUCUUGCUCACAGCUGCAGGAAUGAGCUUCGGUGAUUGCAAGAAGGUUUCGGGGCCCUUGGGCCCGUGCCCGCGCGAGAACGCUGCUCCAGCCGGUCAUGUUCACAGAUGCAAAGAGACAUCACUGCUCGUCCCAGCUUGCAGAAACUACCGUCAGGGUCGGCGUGCAACUGCAUUGGCGUCUGCCCUUCGCUUGUCCAACCUUCCUGCCACUGGGUGGACAGGAGGCCUCGCCAGAAGUACAUGA